CAGAGGUGCGCACGGAUUGGAGCGCGCACAGAGCUUGGCUGGGAAAUUAACAUUUGAGUUGCACUGAAAACACCGCAUCCACAGCUCGGUUGUCAACUUACUUUCUGAUCAAAGCAGCUGAGUGCAGUUUACAUGGCGUGUCUCUUCUAUCAAUUCCUGCGUUAAAAGAGCGGGCUGCCUUCCAGUUUACAAGAGCAGAGACAGCACUGCUAUGUUAUUUGAUUGAGAGGCUCGGCGCAUUUAAACUAACAGGUCCUAAAAUGAAAAUGAUCAGGAUUUUGGAGGAGAUUUCCAGACCUUCCCCACAGAGCGUUUUGCUGAUUUCUUUGACUGUAUUAGCAGUCGUGCAUUUGUGGAGGUGGUUUCAGCAAUUGGUUAGGAACACAAAGAAGGGUCCGGCUCCACCUGGACCUUUCCCGUGGCCAGUAAUCGGAAACGCCGCCCAGAUUGGCAGCACCCCGCAUCUAUCAUUCACCAGGAUGGCACAACAAUACGGAGACGUCUUCCAAAUCAAACUGGGCAGUCGCAACGUAGUGGUCCUCAAUGGAGAGGAUACCAUUAAGCAAGCGCUCAUAAAGAAAGGGACGGACUUCGCUGGCAGACCCGAUUUCAUCUCCUUCAAACUGGUCUCCGGUGGAAAGAGCAUGGCAUUCGGGAGUUAUAGCAACUUGUGGAAGGCGCACAGAAGGAUCGCCCAGUCCACAGUCAGAGCGUUCUCUACCAGCAACCCGCAAACCAAAAAAACAUUCGAGCAGCACGUUAUAAGCGAGGUCAGGGAACUGGUCAACGUUUUUCUGAAGAAAACGAAGCAGGAGAAGUAUUUCCGACCGAGUCAGGUCCUGACUGUGGCUACCGCUAAUAUAAUAAGCGCGCUGUGUUUUGGGAAGAGAUACAGCUACGAGGACGCAGAGUUUAAGUCGUUGGUUGGCAGGAACAACCAGUUCACUGAAACAGUAGGGGCUGGGAGCCUUGUGGACGUCAUGCCGUGGUUGCAGAGUUUUCCAAACCCAAUUAAGACUAUGUUUGGCAACUUUAAGAAUCUCAACUUAGAGUUUUUUGCAUUCAUCGAAGAUAAAGUGACUCAGCACCGUGCUACCAUUAAACCGGGGAUCAUUAGGGAUAUGACUGAUGCUUUCAUCCUGGCUCUCGACCAAGACAAGCGUGGAACCAACGAGGUUCUGUUGGGAAAAGAUCACGUGCCUCCCACUGUCUGUGAUAUCUUUGGGGCGAGCCUGGACACCCUCUCUACCGCACUGCAGUGGAUAGUCCUGCUUCUCAUCCGGUUUCCUGAGAUGCAGACCAGGCUUCAGCAAGAGGUAGACAAUGUUGUUGAUAGAACUCGCCUGCCGUCUGUUGAAGACCAGCCCAGUUUGCCCUAUGUCAUGGCAUUUAUCUACGAAGCCAUGCGCUUCUCCAGUUUCAUGCCAGGCACUAUUCCCCAUUCCACUACUACUGACACCUCAGUAAAUGGCUACUACAUUCCCAAAAACACGGUUAUCUUUGUAAACCAGUGGUCAGUCAACCACGAUGCGCAGAAGUGGGUGAAUCCAGGAGUCUUUGAUCCAACAAGGUUUGUGUCUGAGGCUGGGGAUCUCAACAAGGACCUUACCAACAGUGUUUUAAUCUUCUCCGUUGGAAAGAGGAGAUGCAUUGGGGAACAGCUCUCCAAAAUGCAGCUUUUUCUUUAUACUGCUAUACUGGCACAUCAGUGUAACUUUAUUGCAAAUCCGGAUGAACCAAGCACACUGGACUCCUUUUACGGUCUGACACUGAAACCGGCUCCAUUCUCCAUUGCUGUAACGCACAGGGGCAGCAUGGAGGUGAUGGACUGUUAUGUCAAGGACCUGCAGAAAGCUGACAAUAGCAUGUAAAUGAAUAUAAUGGAACUGAUUUUACAACAAAUGAAGGUAAAGAAGAAUACAGAAGUUGGUUUGCCGGGUGGCCCCUUUUGCCACCAAGUGUCUCUUAGAUGGAUGAUCAGUGAAGAAUAGCAUUAUCUUGCCUUAUUGCAUUACAGGACUUGAAUGAUGUACACAACCUUUUAACAUGAUUAAACUGGUGUUCACUAAGUAAUCAUAACAAAAUGUGUUUAUUUUCAGUUGGCAUAGACAAACUUGAGUAUGAUUAUACUAACUGUUGGCACCAGUGCUAUUUAAACUAUCUGCUUUUUUCUUCUGCAUACUUUUCUAAAUGACUAAAAUGUUCACACACAUCUUAAACACAUUUUGCCUUAUAAGAAUAAGUUACUUUUAUUGCUGUAGUUAAUAAAAGUCAAUUUCUAUCAAAUCUGUUUCAUUUAUGUUUUUUUUUUUUUUUAACGAAAAGCAAAUGCUGUAAUUUUACAGAUGUCAAUGUUUUCUGCUAUUAAAUGUACCGUACAUAGCUAUUUUUGCGCUUUGAAACAAUUUACAUACAGCCUCAUCUGUUCUUAACCAAAUACGCUGGCCUUUCUGUGAGCUGCAGGUCAAAACAAUGAGACCUAAUUCACAAGUCUUCAGUAUUUUUCACUCAGGUCACAAGUCUCAACCCAGUGGACAUUAGCAUACAAUGUAAAACAACCACAUAACUCAGAAUAAGUGGCAGUCCCUGCUUAAGAGAGACACAGGACUGAAUAACAGAUGAUUUUAGACCACAGGUGGCCAAAGUUGGCACUUCCAGUCCUGGCUGUAUUUCCAAACCUGUAAAUUGAACCAAUUAAACCUGCACCCAGACCCCAAAGUAUUUAAUUAUGUAAUUUCCAACUGUUUUUAAUGAGCCUACAUAGGAAGUACUGCUACAUACCCUAAAUAGGACUGGGUCCCAUCCCUAACCUAUAAUUCCAGUUCAGAUCUUUAUUCCAACCAUGUAGUAAAUCGAUUGUUUAGACUGGCUAAGGGUCAACCAAUUAAUUUAGGAUUUGACUGGAGUUCUGGACUGGAAUACAAUCGUUGCCAGAGUUUGGCACCACUGUUGUAUAGUAUAUCCAGUGCUUAGCUGGUGCUGAGAGCUGUGAUAUUUGCAAAAUGGAAUUCAACAACAGCGAUACAGGCUGUAAAAUAUAAUUAAAAUCUAUAAAUAUGCCAGUAUUAGAUAUAGAGCACAGACACACCUUGCAUGUAGUUUUUCUUACAUCCUAAAAAGGAUGCUAUGAUAUUUCUCUCAUUCUCAAUACCAAAAAAAACAAACAAACAAACAAACAAAAAAACAUUAAUCUCAGGAGUUUAAAAACUGCAAAACAAUCCUGCAUUUAGUCUGUGUAGCUACUGUAAAAAAAAAUAGUAAUCGUGUUUCCAGUUUAGAUCUAUACUAGAUCAACUUCUACUGCUUAUCUUUUAUAUUGUGUGAUAUUUG